UUUUUUGGAGGAUUUUGUAACGCGUUGAAAGGUCGCUUUACCGUUUCAGUUCGUUUUUCAUGUCGUUUGAUGAAGCUACUCGGAAGAAAAGGAUCUUGUAGGAGAUUAAAAAAAAUAAAUGAUGAAAGAAUCACCGAGGUUGAAAGAUGGUAGGAUCGAUCUGUCACUGCCCAGAUGGGAUCAGUCCACUUUUCUUGGCAGGGUUCGUCAUUUUGCUUCCAUCACUGACAUGAGAACUGCCUUCACAUCCAAUAGAACUCUCCUCAGUGCCAAAGAAUUAUUAAAUCAGUACAAAUUAAAACAAGAGCCAACAGGGACCACAGAUGAACAAAUAUGGAGAGCCAAAAAACUGUACGAGUCAGCUUUUCAUCCAGAUUCUGGUGAGUUACAGAACGUCAUUGGACGCAUGUCAUUCCAAGUUCCUGGUGGGAUGAUUCUCACUGCUGGAAUGUUACAGUUUUAUAAAACAAACACGAGCGUGAUCUUCUGGCAGUGGUUGAACCAGUCAUUCAAUGCCCUUGUCAACUACACAAACAGGAAUGCUGCUUCUACAGUCACCAACAAGCAGAUUGCUUUUGCGUAUGUUAGUGCAACAACCUGUGCGUUGGUAACAGCUCUUGGCUUCAAGGAAAUAAUGGGAAAGAGGGGCAACCCAAUAAUGAAGAGGUUCGCUCCGUUCAUUGCCGUCUGUGCAGCCAACUUUGUCAACAUACCACUAUCUAGACAGGCAGAGCUGUCAGAUGGCGUGUUACUCUUUAGUUCAGACAAGCAACAGAUCUCUGAAUCUAGACUUGCUGCAGUUAAAGGUAUUGCCUUGGUAGCCAUCUCCAGAGUCACAAUGGCUGCCCCAGGAAUGUUGAUCAUGCCAGUUAUAAUGAACCACCUCGAAAAGAAAGCAAGCUUCAUGAAAUAUCAGAGAUACCAUCUUCUAUUCCAGACUUUCAUGAUUGGCUGCUUUCUCGUUUUCAUGGUUCCAGUGGCCUGCGGCAUGUUUCCACAGAAUAAUACGAUUUCCUUGAAAGCUCUUGAGAAAUAUGAGCCAGAAAAAUACAAGAAGGCGGUUGAGAUGUGCCAGCGGAAUGGACUGCCUCUACCGUCGCAUCUUUAUUUCAACAAGGGCUUGUAAGAGAGGAGAAAAUUCACCCCAAACUCCACCAAAUAUUCCUGAUUUUAAAUUUUAAAGUCGUUAUAGACGUAACUGCCUUAGAUUUGUUUUACAUCUGAUUUUGACUCAUUUAUUCAUCCAUCCAUUCACUUAUUUGCAAAUAUUCCUAGAUAUAUUUAAGAUUUUACAAGCAUAUUACUUACGUGUAUGUGUUUCGUAUGAAUUUAUAUGCGUUUUCGUUAUCGUGGGAUUAUUUAAGAGUCUAAAAAAAUAUCUUCAAAUCAAUUUGAGAUUUCUGAAUAAGAUUCUUCUUUACACAUGUAACAAAAUCAUUUGACGUACCUGCAUAUAAUGUUUUUUCACAUUUUGUAAAAGAUUCUAACACACCCACAGUGACGUUAUUAUAAAGUUGCUACAUUCAAUUGAUGAUUUCUAGAGCUUUUCUGUUAUAUUUUGUCGUUUUUUAUUAAAAUUAAUAUUUUCUAAAACGGUAUGUCAACAUUUUCUGAAAAUUGAAUUAAUUAAUUUCAUGACUUUCGUGGUUAUAUCACAAAAUUCAGUAUUAUUAUAGGAAUAUUUUAAAUUCAGAUGACGAUAUAUGCAACAUACAAUAUUCUACCAAUAUUAUGAUGCAAUCUUCUUAUAUAUACAACCGAUUUGUUAGAACUCUAUACUGACGAUCAAAUUUUACUGUGAGUUGUCACCAAAUUUUAACGGAUUCUUAUUAUGAAGUCAAUAAAAUUAUAAAGGUAU